GGAAGUGCCACGGUGUCCAAAGUGAGCAUACGUUACUGUAGUCUGUAGACGUCUUGUUUACAGUGGUUGUGCCAGGCCUGUAAACUCCAGGGGCUAGCGGCGUGUUACGGUUUUAUUGCUUACAUUUAUUCUUUCGUUACAAGGGUCAUUAUAUGAAACCUCCAAUCUGGAUCGAGGCGGCAGCAACAGGAAGAAGAAGAUAGAGGAAUUCUCUAGGUCUUCUCGGGAGAAACUAGUCCAGUCGAAGAACAAAAUGUUCUCCAAAUUUACGUCCAUUCUCCAGCACGCUGUGGAAGCGCUUGCCCCGUCGCUGCCCUUGCAGGAGGACUUUGUCUAUCACUGGAAGGCCAUUACACAUUACUACAUUGAGACUUCUGAUGACAAAGCUCCAGUCACAGACACCAACAUCCCAUCCCACCUGGAACAGAUGCUGGACAUCCUGACCCAGGAGGAAGGGGAAAGGGAGUCUGGAGAGACAGGACCCUGCAUGGAAUAUCUCCUGCACCAUAAGAUCUUGGAGACUCUCUACACCUUGGGCAAGGCUGAUUGUCCUCCAGGGAUGAAGCAGCAGGUGCUGACUUUCUAUACAAAGCUGCUAGCACACAUACGUCAGCCUCUCCUGCCACACAUCAAUGUCCACAGACCUGUACAGAAACUGGUCCGUCUGUGUGGGGAGGUGUUGGCUGCUCCCACAGAAAAUGAGGAGAUUCAGUUCCUUUGUAUAGUCUGUGCCAAACUGAAGCAGGACCCAUACCUUGUCAACUUCUUCCUUGAGAACAAGUCAAAGAGACCUGAGACGAAGAGUCCUGACAGAGCAGAGAGGGUGAAGGAGAAUGUUUUGGCUCCAGACACUGGUCAGUCUCUGGCAGAGGAACAGGGUAACUGCUCAGAGGAGCCACAGGCUGCUUCCGCCGCCGGCGCCUCCACCUCUAGUCCAACCACCAACAACAAUAACAGCAGCAAUUACAAUCUUGUCACCUCCCUGCUCAACCUCACAAAGAGCCCUGAUGGCAGAAUAGUGGUGAAGGCAUGUGAGGGCCUGAUGCUGCUCGUCAGUUUACCAGAGCCUGCUGCUGCCAAGUGUUUAACUGAAAACACUGAGCUCUGUGAGCUCCUGACUGACAGGCUUGUCUCCUUCUAUAAAGCCCUGCCACAGUCCAUGGAUCCCUUGGACAUUGAGACAGUAGAGUCGGUCAACUGGGGCCUGGACGUGUAUAACCUAAAGGAGGACGCUGCUGUCUUCACAGGGAAGAGGGCUCUCAUCUCCUUCCUAUCCUGGCUAGAUUACUGCGACCAGCUCAUCAAGGAGGCUCACAAGUCAGCAGCUGCAGUGAUGGCAAAAGCAGUGAGAGAAAGAUUCUUUGUGUCUGUGAUGGAACCACAGCUUAUGCAGACGUCUGAGGUGGGCAUCCUGACCUCCACCGCCCUGCUAAACAGGAUCAUCAGACAGGUGACAUCAGAGGCUCUGCUGCAGGAGAUGGUUUACUUCCUGCUGGGGGAGGAGAGAGGGCCAGAGACUCCAGCUACUGUCGCUCAGAAUCCACUCAGACACCGACUCAUCGAGCACUGCGACCACCUGUCAGACGAGAUCAGCAUCAUGACUCUGCGACUAUUCGAGCAGCUGAUCCAGAAGCCCAACCAACACAUCCUCCACAGCUUGGUGCUGCGUAGCCUGGAGGAGAGGAACUACCUGGAGAACAAACCGCAAGAGGAGCGGGAGCCCCUGGAGAAUGGCCAGCCCCACGAUGCCGUAGACCUUGAGGAGGAUCCGCUGUUCGUUGACGACCUCUCUCCAGACAGCAGGCUGUCUGGUUCUGAUUGGCUCAGCUCCUCACCACCACAGAGUCCUGACCACUCGAAGUCUGAUGGGAAGACAGAGGUCCACAAGAUUGUCAACAGUUUCCUGUGUCUGGUGCCUGAUGAGGCCAAGUCAUCGUAUCAAGUUGAAGGCACAGGCUAUGACACCUACCUCAGAGAUGCACACCGACAGUUCAGGGACUACUGUGGGGUCUGCCAGCGGUGGGACUGGAGGGGGAAUCCAAAGCCGUUUGAGAAGUGUAACUUGGACACCCCGUUCUUCGAGGGCCACUUCCUCAAGGUUCUCUUCGACAGGAUGGGUCGUAUCUUAGAUCAGCCCUACGACGUAAACCUGCAGGUGACCGCUGUACUGUCCAAGCUGUCCUUGUUACCACACCCCCACUUGCACGAGUACCUCCUGGACCCUUAUAUCAGCCUGGCCCCUGGCUGCAGGUCUCUGUUCUCUGUCAUCGUCAGGGUGGUGGGAGAUCUCAUGUUGAGGAUUCAUCGCAUCCCAGACUUCACGCCCAAACUGCUGCUCGUGAGGAAGAGAUUAUUAGGUCUAGAGCCAGAGGGCAUCAAUGUCGACCACAUGACUCUGCUGGAGGGGGUGAUUGUGCUGGAGGAGUUCUGCAAAGAGCUGGCAGCCAUCGCCUUCGUCAAAUACCACGCAGCUGCCUCCUCCUCGCCGUAAAACUCUUUCCUGCUGUCCAUCCAUCUGCCUCUGCGAAGGCAGACAGGUCAGGAUAAAACUGGGCCUUUUUGGGGUGUGGUGGCACCGGUGGCACAGGGUCGGCAAAACAUUACCGCUAACUGCUCAUCCCGACAAGACUGUUAAAGUCCACACGGACGGGUUUCAUCUCUCCCCUUCUUCUGGCCUCUCGGGCUCCACCAUGAAAAGUCUUUGGUCUUGUUUUUGAGCAGGUCAGAGCGCAGACACUGCCCAGCCAGCAGGGGAAAUAAGAGGAGGAGGAUAGAGGCUGAGAUGCAGGGAGAUGUUAACUGGACUCUUUUCAGCCUCUGCAUUUUCUCUCACUGACCUCCACCCCCCCCCCACACACACACCCCCAGCCCCACCCCUUUCAUCUUUCUUUCUCACCAGCCAAAAGAUGAUAGCCCUGUAAUUAUUAUGUCAAGGAGAAAAGAUGUUUGUGUAUUUAUUUGCUGUCCCAUCGUCACCCAUUUGUAAUCGUCAUUGCCUUAGUGUGGUAUCACACCUUUCAGUUACAGAAAAUUGUUUCCUUUUGAAACAUUUUUUUUUUAUCUUAACCCCUCACGUGUUUGUCUGUUUGAAGACAAGAGGCUGUAGAGAAAAAUGCCCACUACCUUCAACCCUUAUAUGUACCUGUACUUACAUAAAUACUGAACUGCAGUAUCUACUGCAACUCACCUUUAAAUGCCAAGUCCUCUUAUUUAUUUGUUUGCUUUCAGGUUGCCUUUUUAACUAAUGUCGUAUUAAGAUAAAAAUGAGUCUAAAACAGUCAAAGUUAUGACUGACUAAGCAGACGCUAUUUACUUUGUUUUCCUCGUCUUUCCUCCAUUUGUCUUUAAGUGCUUGUGCUGUCAAAGCUCAUCUGCAAUCACCGUCACCCAAAGAUGUCACCAUCCAUCACCGUUUGUUCAGUGAAAUGGUGAAUUUCAGCAAGUUAUGUGAAUUUGCACAUGGACCUCAUUGCAUUGCACUUGUUACAUUCUUCAGUUUUAUUUCAUGCUUUUUUUUUUGUUUCUUUUUUUUUUGGACUUUUAGGAAAUGUCAGAUUGGCAUUUGCGGAAAGAAAGACUCAGUGUUGCGUUUUUCACACACCAGUGUUUGCUUUAUAGAUACUCGGUAUUAUUGUUCUUACACCCUUAUCCACAAGAGAAAAAAAAAACAAAGAUUAGAAGAAAAGUAUGAAAAGGAAACAUUUUUGCGUAUCACACGUAGUAGUUUGGAAACCACUGGCCA